AUGGCGGCUGAGGGCCUCAAGACCCUCACCCCAGGAGUGGUGGGCAGGGGAGGCUGCAAGGCCGGGCAGCAGCCUGAGUGGCGGGACCAGCAGGAACACUGCCACUGCUGUGAGGACCAGAAGAACACAACCACCACCACCAACAACAACGGCAACAACAACAACAGCAUAACCACCACCAACAACAGCAACUAUAUCACCACCACCACCACCACCACUGACAACAACAACAGCAACUAUAUCACCACCACCACCACUGACAACAACAACAGCAACUAUAUCACCACCACCACCACCACCACUGACAACAACAACAGCAACUAUAUCACCACCACCACCACCACCACCACUGACAACAACAACAGCAACUAUAUCACCACCACCACCACCACCACUGACAACAACAACAGCAACUAUAUCACCACCACCACCACCACCCCUGACAACAACAACAGCAACUAUAUCAUCACCACCACCACCACCACCACUGACAACAACAACAGCAACUAUAUCACCACCACCACCACCACCACUGACAACAACAACAGCAACUAUAUCACCACCACCACCACCACCACUGACAACAACAACAGCAACUAUAUCACCACCACCACCACCACCACUGACAACAACAACAGCAACUAUAUCACCACCACCACCACCACCACUGACAACAACAACAGCAACUAUAUCACCACCACCACCACCGCCACUGACAACAACAACAGCAACUAUAUCACCACCACCACCACCACCUUGCUGCUGGCACCUUCGGCCACAAAGGAAAGGGAAAGUUUGAGUGUGACAAGAUUUGAGACUGGGAGCAAGUUCAGCAGACACAGCCUUGCACACACUGGUGAGGGAAACCAUGAGUGGCCAGCGUGUGGGGAAAGACUCCCUGGGAAGGAUGACCUCAGCAAAUACACCCACACACUCUGCUGAAGGAGCCCUUGAAUGCCAAGACUGUGGCAAAAGGUUCAGAUACCAGAGUGACCUCAACAGACACACCCUUACACACACUGGUGAAAGACCUCAUGAAUGCCAAGAGUGUGGCAAAAGGUUCAGUAGGAAGGGUCACCUCAACACACACACCCUUACACACACUGGCAAAAGGCCUCAUGAGUGUGAGGUUUGUGGUGACACAUUCAUCAGGAAGAGCCAUCUCGAGGUACACACUUACACACACACUGGUGAAAGGCCUCAUGAGUGUCUGGAAUGUGGAGAAAGGUUCAGAGAGAAGCAAACCCUGAAGCGUCACUCCUUCAGACACUCUGGCCUGAGAGAGUUCAAGUGUGACGUGUGUGGGAAGCACUUCAAGAUGAAGGGGGACAUUGCCCGGCACAUGAAGACCCACUUCUGAGGCGCCGUGUUGUGCUGCUGUGUGGGACCUCAGUGACGGGGAACCAGUCAUCAACACCACCUGGAGAGGACUGGCACCAUGUUGUGGCUGACUGCUGAGAGAUGCACCAACAAGCCGCACCACAGUGAACAGUGCCGUCUGUCCCGAGCCAGAGUGGUGACAACUCUGUCGCCUUGCCCCGGCACAGUGCAGCAGCCAACAAGUAGCACCACAGUGAACAGUGCCGUCUGCCCCGAGCCAGAGUGGUGACAACUCUGUCACCUUGCCCUGGCACAGUGCAGCAGCCAACAAGCAGCACCACAGUGAACAGUGCCGUCUGCCCCGAGCCAGAGUGGUGACAACUCUGUCACCUUGCCCCAGCACAGUGCAGCAGCCAACAAGCUGCACCACAGUGAACAGUGCCGUCUGCCCUGAGCCAGAGUGGUGACAACUCUGUCACCUUGCCCCGGCACAGUGCAGCAGCCAACAAGCAGCACCACAGUGAACAGUGCUGUCUGCCCCGAGCCAGAGUGGUGACAACUCUGUCACCUUGCCCCGGCACAGUGCAGCAGCGGUGACUGGGGCAGCCACAACAGACCAUCACCAGGAUUAUCAAGGAGACGCUGUGUGAAGGUUUGUCACGUCUCCCUGCGCUCCACAAGAAACCCGGCCCAGCAGAGACCACUGGUGCAGACUGCCGGCCUGGGAGCUGUGAUGGACGGAGCUUGUUAGGUUUGCUGCCCCGAGGGAAAGGAAGGCAGAAUAUGUAGCUGGGCAAGGCGUGCACACCAGGAACACUCCAGUGGUGUUUGUCAAGCCUUGUAUUGGUGGCCAGUGGCCGGAGUUGUCCUCCACACCAAGGAGCACACCAGACAGACACGUUUCUUCAGGUCUUUGCCAAAAACUCACUGAGGAACAGAGAAGAG